AUGGACGCCGACGCCCUAACACGAGCUAUGCAAAGCACACACUUGGACGACACACCAACAACGGAUGAGCCUGGUCAUUUGCUUUUCAACCCUUCGGAGGAUAGUAGGCUUCCGACCGGAGCCCUUGACAACACCCCCCGGUAUCUCUUCCGCGUCGUCUCUCCUCUUUCCGAUGGCCACACUGAUUCAACAUGGGUCCGGUCCAAGGCAGCGUGCCAGAACCUGCGUUCCAGCCAGGAAGAUAUCUUCGACAACCUUGAUUCCCAGAAGCGUCAUGCUGUUGCGCAUGCACUUAACCUGCACCUACGGUGGUGGUCGGAGGAUGGCGUCGCGGACAAUUUUGUCUCAUGGACCAGCUCACUCCUCUUUGCACUGCAGUACAUCUACUACCGGCACCAUCAUAAGUGGGAUGGGUCCAGCUUAGAGGAUAUCAAUCUAUAUGUCGUGGACACCACGAGCUUUCCUCGUGGGACAUUCCUUCGUGACCUGGAUUUGAUGCAAGCGUUCUUUGACCCCAACGACGAAUCACGGGAGGGGUUGAAUAGCUUCCGAAAGCUCCGAGAGGGGAGCUACUAUUUCGGCGAGUACCUGACGCAGGGAUCGUUGAGGAUCACGGAUAAGCACCAGGUAGUCAGCGCCUCGUCACUGUUCCAGGGAGAUCUCCUGCAGCGUUUACAACCUGUUCUGCCUGAUAUCAGGGACUCUCCUGGCGAGGAACCUCCCUUAGCAAACGGAGUGCGCGAUCUUCGCGGGCAGAUAUGGCCUGUCGGUACCUUUGAUCCGGCAUCUGCGGAGGAGAUGAGACGACGUCUGCUGGCAGUUGGGGAAAUUACGAAGCUAUUCGACGACGAGUGGAGGUUCCCUCUGGCCGUGUACUUUGCAGGCCUAAUCGGGCCGGAGGGAGAAGGUUGGAGCGCCGGAUAUAUUGUUUCCAACGCCCUUCAAUCCGUAUACUCUGACGAGAUCGGCAAGCUUGAACGAUCGGAUUUCCGCAUCAUCGCGCCGGAGACAAUGCCCGAGCUCGGCCGGGUGCAGGAGCUGAUUAGCGAUAUAUACAUGGACUUUUUGGCUAGACGGUCUACAGAGAUCUUGGCGAAUGCCAAAAUGCUCGUUCUCCAUCUAAGUCCUCGGAAUGUUUCGACUCUCGAAGAUGCGUUCCCCGCUACUGAAGGGGCGACUAUGUAUACCCGCCUUGUUUGGACGCAGCUAGCACAAUUUGCAAAUAUUCGUGCAGCAUGUGAACAGAUUGUUGCAGUACUUGACGACUAG